AUAAUUUAGGCUCGAUAAUGUAUCGAUUAUAUUGCAACACUAUCAAGCUGAAUUAACUGUUUGGUUGCUCGGGUUUAUUGGAAAGAAGUCUUAUUACGAAUUUGCGUUACUCAUAUGUGUUUACAAUUGCUUUUGACGUCAACUCGCGGCAAGUUAUCCACCAAUGCCAAGUCAAAAUUCUACAAAAAUGUCGAAUAUAACCACAAACAAUAGCUCGGUUGUUGGGCAAUUCGAUAUUCAACUUCCUUCCGGGUUUGCAGCAAUGGAAACACAAGUGGCUGGUCACACAUUUGAUACAGCUGCUGUAGGCAUUUUACAAGACAACAGUGGUUGCGUACUAAAACCAUUUGGUAAGCCAGAAUGUGGUGCACGUGAACUAAACUUUUACGAAAGCUUGCAACAGGCAGAGAAAUCGAAUGAACCUAACAUAUUGAUGAUGCUACGUUCCCUGGUGCCCAAAUACCAUAAAAUCGUAAAAUUAGUAGUCAACAAUUGCGAGCAUACUUUUUUGAAAAUGGAGGAUCUCACAUACGGCAUGAAAAAACCGUGUAUAAUGGAUAUUAAAAUAGGAGAACGUACUUGGGAUCCAAUAGCAACAGAACAAAAACGCCGUGUAGAAGAACAAAAGUAUGCGCGCUGUAAACAAGUGUUGGGACUUUGUUUGCCGGGCUUCCAGGUAUAUACACUUACAGACAGCAAAGCGCUCCGCUACAGUAAAGAAUAUGGCAAAAAAUUAGACGCCGAUGGUUUUCGAGCCGCUAUUGCGCUCUUCAUUAACGCUCAAAACGGAAAAGUUUAUAGACUACUUGUAUACGAAAUACUGAAGCAACUAUACAGAAUCAGAGACUGGUUUAAAGUGCAAACACUUUACAAUUUCUAUGCCAGUUCCUUAUUACUAGUUUACGACUUUGACAAAUUUGAGGAACACUUCAAGCAAACAGAUAUGCACCGUUACAAUGGCAUUCCAUUGAGGACUAACGGCGAUGCACAUAACUAUAGCGCACAAAUAAAUUUUGGGAAAGUCCUGGGAGAUGAUUCAACAAAUGCAACACAAUGGGUUAAGGUGAAAAUGAUAGAUUUUGCACAUGUGUUCCCCGCCGAUGGCACAACUCCAGACCACAAUUAUAUAUUUGGAUUAGAAAAUUUAAUUAUGGUUUUUGAGGAAUUAAUGGAGCGAUAACAGAGUUGAGCACAGCCAAACUCUCGAAUGAUCAUUUGUAUGAAACUGAAAUAUUAGGAUAUACAUACAUUUAAUGAACAAAUUAUCUACUGCUCUUUUUAUAGAUAUAUAUAUUAUUUUGUAUUAUAUACUCAGUAUAAAGUGAACAAGUCUUGUAUUUCAAUGUAUGUAUGUACAGUAGAAGUUUAAUAAAAUUAUCCAAUAUAC